CAUAAAUACUCCAAUUGUUUUGAAUUGUUUAAAUCUUUUAAAUUUACUCGCAAAUUUACUAAAUUAUUAAUGUUAAUACAUUUAAGGUUAUAAUGUCAAUAUUCUAUUUAUUGAAUAUAAAAUAUUAGUUUGGGAAAAUAUUUGUUGAGUGUGUUUAAAAGGUGUUGCGUGACAUUUAAAUGACUUCAUCAACUUUUAUGAACUUUAUGAAUAAAAUCUCUUGAGAAGAAUCAAAUUUUCUAUAAAUAAAAGGAUGGCUCCUCCGCCUGUAGUCACAGGAAUAUCACCUAAGGAAGGUCCUCCAGGAACUCGUGUUACCGUUCGUGGAGAAUUUCUAGGAAAUAAAAGUCAGGAUCUUAUAGGUUUGACAAUUUGCGGCUGCGACUGUCUCCUCUCGGCAGAAUGGAAAUCGCCGAACAAAAUAAUAGCGAGAUCGGGACCCUGCAAAGGCCGUGGCGAUAUAAUAGUAACAACUCGAAGUGGAGGUCAAGGAACGUCGACAGUGCAAUUCCGGGGAUAUCACGAAACAAUUGGUCCGAUGAAAGAGUCCGCAGUGUGGGUCGAAGAGGCGCCGGUUCAAAGUUUCGUUUGGGGAAGACGAGCUCUUUCUCCCACAAAUUAUCAACAGGAAGAUCCACUGGGAUUAAGUGUCGAAGGAAAUGAGAAAAAAUUUCCCGAAGACGAGCUUAUAGAACUCUUUGGAGAUAGAACCGGUGAAUUAACCAGUGAAAAAUUUCAUCCCGGUUGGUUUCUUUUGCAAUAUCAUCAUGCAACGACUUUGGAUGAUUUGAAAGCUGGUUUGGCUUAUUUACGACGUAAAGUGCAUUCACAAAAGGAAGGUCAAUUAUCUUUUUUAAAGGCAAACGUUCGUUCGGUAAUGGAGCAACUCGACACGAUAAUGUUUCUCAAGGAGCAAUUUGAAAUCGAUGAGAAGAAAUACGGCGAAAAUCCAAUGGAAAAAUUGGAAAAUGCAAUAAAAGAAUCGAUGGCGGAGGCUAAUAAAUUAUUCGACGAUGUUCUUGCACGAAGAGAUCGAGCGGACGCCACUCGUAAUGCUUUGGCACUAAUGCAACGUUAUCGUUUCCUCUUUUGCAUGCCAGUCAAUAUCGAAAAGAAUAUCAAGCAAGGAAAUUAUGAUCUCGUGAUAAACGAUUACGCCCGAGUGAAGAAUCUCUUUAAAAACACUGAAGUUGAAGUCUUCAAAAAAGUUUUAGCUGAAAUUGAAAGUAGAAUUGACACACUGAGGGAUAUUUUAAGAAAAAAACUCGAUGAAGUGCCAUUUACUCUAGAGGAGCAGAAGAAAAUUAUUCGUAAUCUUGUGAGUCUCGAGGCUGAGGGCGAUCCCGCUUGGGAUGCCAUAGUGUCGCACGCCACCUAUUUGGAGAAGAGCGUGAAAUUGUGUGUUCAAGAAUGUUUCGAGGCAGAAAGUGAAGAAUUGAAACAAUCGAAAUCGAAUGCAACGACACCAAUGUCAAUAAAGCAAUUGAGAUCGAGUAAGAAUGAUAAGAACAGCAUCUCAUUGAGGGUCCAGUGCAUCGAAGAAAUUUGUGACAUUAUUAUGGAACAAUUGCCAGAUCUUUGGCGAUUGGGACAAAGUUAUUUUACCGGUCAACUUCAUGUUAGCGUUAAUGCCGAAAAACAAGGACCAUUCAAAAAUUUAGUUUUAUCUAGUAUUCAACACGCUGUAAAUGCGAUGAAAAGUGCAUAUAGUUCGAAAGUUGAUGCUCCUUGGCUUUUGCAUAGUCUUCGUUGUAUUAGACAAAUGUACGCUUCUCUCAUUCAUCUUGAUUUGCCGAGCGAUGCUCUCGAUAUUUUCGGAAAUUUCAUCUUUGAUUUGAGAAUGCAGUGUUUAGCGGCAUUAUUUAAACAAACGGCGGAAAAUAUUCUAGCAUUACAGCGCAAAGAAAUAUGGCAAGUUGAAUAUUUGAAUGAAGACGGUGGAAUUACAAAAUUGCCGUCACUGUUCGAAAAAAUGGUAAUGGAAGUUUCAAAAUUGGCACGAGAAACUGCAGUUGCUUGCGGUCCAAGAGAAGCGCCUCUCUUAGCGAAUUUGUCGCAGCAAGAUUUAUAUCACAAUUUGGUAAAAUCUCUUUUCACGUCAUUCACAAGAUGUCUUCGACAAUUGGCAUUCAGUGGCAGUGAAGAAGCAUUGGAGGAAGAAAUUUCAUCGGUUUCUCAGCUUGUUAGCUCUCCUGUUGGAUACAGAAUCAGAGACAGUAAGCAGCACGGUCCGACUUGGGAGCAGUGUUUGCUAAUAUCGCUGAGUAAUAUUCGUUAUACACUGAAUACGGUGCUGCCGAGGGUUGAAGAAAAUUUGAAGACACUAGGAUAUCCGGAUUUGUCGACGGCCACUGGUUGGAAUUCCGAUUGGACACAAUUGGAGACUCUUGAUACUGCAGUUUUGGAGGCGUAUUUGGAGCGACGUUGCGAUCCACUUGUUGGCACAAUUGAGCCGAGUAUGUAUUUAGGCGAUUUGGAAUGGGAUUCUUAUUUGGAGCCAACACAUGCUCGACCGUAUGCACAGGAAGCGCUCGCUAAUUUAAUUGCAGUUCAUGCAGAGGUUCGACGCGUCUCUCCGGGAUUAUUGAAAAGAGUUUUGUCGCACAUUGUAGAGACAAUUGCCGAGGAAUUGAAUCGAUUAAUGUCUUGUGUAACUCGUUUCAGUCCAUCGGGCAUUAUUCAAGCUCGCACUGAUAUUUAUGUACUUUCAAAGGCUUUUGAACCCUACAUAACUCAAAGGGCAAAAGUUUUCCUGGAGGAGGCACUGGAAGCAAUUCCACAACCUGCCAAUCAAGAGGAUUUGCUUCGAAUAAAAUCAUUGUUAUCGAAAAUAACAACAUCAAUGAAACUUCAAAUUGGUUGUCUCGCCGAUCCAACAUUCACGAAAACAAAUUUAGAGGAGAAAAUCACGGAAUCAAUGACAACAAUUGUGUAAAUAUAAAUUAUUACAAAUUUAAUAAUAAUAAUAGUUGUAAAGAGAAAAAUAUUUUUAUUUCUUUGUUCUGUAAGUGAAAACUUUUACAGACAGAAAGUUAUAGAAAAUACUUUCUUUAUUUGUUAUUGUUAGUAAUAAACAUAGUUAAUUUAA